CGAUGCAGGACGGAAGAGCCCCCAGAAUCAAGAACAGGGCACCGGCGGCCAUCCAAGUCACCGCCGAGCAACUCCUCCGCGAUGCCCAAGAGCGACAGGAGUCGCAGUUCCGUGCACCAAAACAGCGCGUCGAGGACUUUGAGGAGCUCCACGAGUACCGCGGCCGCAAACGAGAGGAGUUCGAGAAGCGCAUUCGGCAGACGCGAUCGAGCAUCAAGGAAUGGCUUCAAUAUGCGAACUGGGAGGCUAGCCAGGGCGAAUUCGCCCGUGCUCGCUCGGUAUUCGAGCGUGCCCUCGACGUCGACCCUCGCAGCGUCCAGCUAUGGCUCUCGUACACCGAGAUGGAGCUCAAAGGCCGCAACGUCCAGCACGCUCGCAACCUGUUCGACCGUGCCGUCACUCUCCUUCCCCGCAUCGACCAGCUCUGGUACAAGUACGUCUACCUCGAGGAGCUCCUCCAAAACGUGCCUGGCGCGCGCCAGGUGUUCGAGCGGUGGAUGCAGUGGGAGCCCGACGACAAGGCCUGGCAGGCGUACAUCAAGCUGGAGCAGCGGUACCAGGAGCUGGACAGGGCCAGCGCCAUCUACGAGCGGUGGGUCGCCGUCAGGCCCGAGCCGCGGGUGUGGGUCAAGUGGGGCAAGUUCGAGGAGGAGCGGGGGAGACUGGACAAGGCGCGGGAGGUCUUCCAGACCGCUUUGGAGUUCUUUGGGGACGACGAGGAGCAGAUCGAGAAGGCGCAGGCGGUCUUCAACGCGUUUGCGAAGAUGGAGACGAGGCUGAAGGAGUACGAGCGGGCGAGGGUGAUCUACAAGUUCGCCCUGUCGCGCCUGCCUCGUUCAAAAUCUGGCUCGCUGUAUGCUGCAUACACGAAGUUCGAGAAGCAGCACGGUACGCGGACCACGCUGGAAUCCACGGUGCUCGGCAAAAGGCGCAUACAGUACGAAGAGGAGCUACAGCACGAUGGCCGGAACUACGACGUGUGGUUCGAUUAUGCCCGCCUGGAGGAGGGCGCUCUGCGGGACGUUCGGGAGGAGGGCGCCACUGCGGAGGAGGAAGAGCGCGCAGCAAACCGAGUGCGAGAGGUGUAUGAGAGGGCGGUUGCCCAAGUCCCGCCCGGAGGCGAGAAGCGACAUUGGCGGAGGUACAUAUUCUUGUGGCUGUUUUAUGCUCUAUUCGAGGAGACGGAAACGAAGGAUUUUGAACGAGCACGACAAAUCUACGAGACUGCCAUCCGAGUUGUGCCUCACAAGCAGUUCACAUUCGCGAAGCUGUGGAUCAAUUUUGCGCGCUUUGAGGUCCGGCGGCUUCAGCUGGCCGCUGCGCGGAAGAUUCUGGGGACGGCCAUUGGGAUGUGUCCCAAGGAAGCGCUUUUCAAGGGCUACAUUCAGCUCGAGUUUGACGUGAGCAUUUCAAAGUUGGUAGUGCGCAUACUAUACUCAUACAGGAACUACCUGCAGCUCCGUGAGUUUGACCGGGUGCGAACGCUGUACGAGAAGUACAUCGAGGUAAGGAUGUUUCCCCGUUAUACCCGGCUCUUCUCUAACGCGAGGCACAAGUUCGACCCCACAAACUCGGCUGCUUGGAUCAAGUACGCGGAGCUCGAGACACAGCUUGAGGAUUUCGCCCGGGUUCGCGCAAUCUACGAGCUCGGCAUAUCGCAGACCGCGCUUUCCAUGCCUGAGCUACUCUGGAAAGCAUACAUCGACUUCGAGACGGAGGAGGGCGAGCGCGAGAAGGCUCGUGACUUGUACGAACGGCUCGUGCAGCUCAGCGGACACGUCAAGGUAUGGAUCUCGUAUGCGACAUUCGAGGCCGAGCCGAUCCCUGUUCCGCGUGCGAUGCGCGAGGAAGCGGAGGAAGAGGAGGAGGAAGAAGUGCCAAUGGUCGAGGGGGACCCGGUACGCGCCAGGCAAGUCUUCGAGCGCGGUUAUAAGGACCUCAAGAGCAAGGGCUUGAAACACGAGCGCGUCGUUCUGCUCGAGAUUUGGAAGGCGUUCGAGGAGAAGUACGGCGCAGCAGAGGAUGUCGUGAAGGUCCAGGGCAUGAUGCCUAUCACCAGCAAGCGGCGGAUCGUAGACAAAGAGACGGGCCAGACGGUCGAAGAUUGGGACAUUGUCUUCGCCGACGACGAGCGGGAAUCCAACCCGACAUCGUUCAAGUUUCUCCAGAUGGCACACGCCUGGAAAGCCGCACAAGCAAAAUCUGGUGGCGGGCCGUCGGCUGCCCCCUUGUCCGGGUUCGUGGCCGCGGCCAAUGCCUCAGCCGCUAGUUCAAAUACUACAGGGAAGGAUGGAGAGGACAACCCACGUGGCCAUGAUGAUGGUCACAGCGAUGUCGCGAGCUCUAAUGGUGGAGAUGACUAGCGUGCGGCAGGAUGUAUUUCUAUAUGUUGCUCCAUGUCAUAGUAUGUGUUUGGUCUUAUGAUGAUAGGGUG